AUGUCAGUACUUCAACUUACUAAGCAAUCGCACAACGAACCUUACAAGUUUAGGAUCAAUCAUGAAGAUGCGCAAGCUGUGCUAGGACCCUAUGCAAAAACUCCCGAAAACGACACUUUACCGGAAAUUCACACAAGGUCAAAUGUUGCUAUAUUAGGAGCUGGUUUCUCGGGUAUAGCAUCUGCAUUAGCAUGUUUGAAGAAUUUGAAUGAGACUGAUUUUGUCGUAUUUGACAAGCACGAUAAUUAUGGUGGUACAUGGUAUGCCAAUACUUAUCCUGGUUGUGCGUCAGAUAUCCCAGCUGUAUGGUACUCAUUUUUCAGUGAGCUUAACAAUAACUGGAGUAGAUUACAACCUCCACAAUAUGAGAUGGAGGAAUAUAUCUUGACUGUAUGCAAGAAGUAUGAUUUAUUUAAGUAUGCUAAGUUCAAGACUAUCAUCACUGCACUCGAUUAUAACGACGAAGAAGGUACAUGGACAUUGACGGGUAGAAACCUUACCAACGGACAACUUAUAAAGCAUACAUCAAAAAUUAUUCUUUGUUGCCAAGGUGGUUUAGUGACUCCACAACAAUUGAUUGUUCCAGGAAUUGGCACCUUCAAGGGCGAGUAUCUCCAUUCAGCCUUGUGGGAUCAUAAUGUUUCUUUCAAGGGAAAGAAAGUCGUUGUUGUUGGUAAUGGGUGUUCUGCAAAUCAACUUGUUCCAGCGUUGUUAAGGGAUUAUGAACCUGAGAGCAUUGUGCAAAUAGUGAGGUCAAAGCACUACAUUAUGCCACCUCUUCCGAAGUUUGUUCAUUUUACAUACAGACUUUUAUCAUUUUCACGAGUAGGACUAGUUUUUGUUCGUUGGUUGAUAGCUUUCUUUGCUGAAGCUAGAUUUCCCUUAUACAAGGGUAACGGUAUCUUGGCAAGAAUAGUACGUUGGGUUAACACGCAAUAUUCAUUACUUUACAUGAAAUCGACAUGUCCCAAAAAGUUUCAGCCUAUGGUUAUUCCUGAUUAUAAGAUUGGAUGCAAACGUCUUAUAUUUGAUUACUCCUAUUUACCCUCAUUGCAUGAUCCUCGUGUAGAUGUUACAAACGAAUCCAUCGAUCAUGUCGAUGAGCACUCAGUAGUCUUGAAAAAUGGUGAAGUUCUUGAAGCUGAUAUAAUUGUUGCUUGUACAGGAUACGAUGUUCUUCAAAGUUUCGGUAACUAUAAGAUAAAAGGACGUCAAGGUACUGAUGUUUCCCAAGUCUGGAAGGAAGAAGGAACUUCUGCUUAUGAAACUAUUCUUAUCAGGGACUGUCCCAACUUAUUUAUGAUUGGAGGUCCAAAUUCUGCUACAGGUCACUCAUCUGUUGUUUUGGCGAUUGAGAAUGGAUGUAAAUAUUUUGCCAAAGUGGCACCAAAGGUCUUAUCUGGGGCAUACAAGUCUGUUUGUGUCAAGACCCUGAGCUACUACAACUGGUUCCAUACUACCCAAAAGGAAUUAGCCAAGUCUGUGUUUGGAACUAAGUUUGGUGGAUGUGCUUCAUGGUACGCAGAGGGGGGAAUAAAUUCCACCACGUAUCCAUACUCCCAGGUGUCGUACUGGUGGAGAAUGAGACAUCCAAAGUGGAAUGACUUGGAAGUUGAAACCCCAUACGACUUGAACAAGGCAGGAUCGAAGACCAAGGCCGCAUAG